AUGGCUCGAGGAGAGUGGAGCCGCUUGACGGACCUGGCGGACGCCGGCCUUGUCCGCCCUGCGGCACGGUCCGAGCACGUUGCAGCCUGGGACGAAGUUAAUCAGGUGCUGCUGAUCCAUGGAGGAAGCAACCUGGAAGGCGACUUGUGGGCUUUCGACGCCGCAUCGGAAGCGUGGACCCGCACGGUGACGGCCGUGGCGCCGGCAGCUCGUGCUGCACACGCAGCUGCCUGGGAUCCUGCCAAUCAUGCACUUUGGGUGCAUGGCGGGCACAACAGCCAAGCAAAGACUUGGUUUCGGGAUGUGUGGAGAUUUCAGUCUGGAGCCUGGACGCUCGAGUUUGACGGUGCAGGGCCUUCCGGAAGGCAAGCACAUGUGGCUGUUUGGGUUUCGAGCACUUCCUCUCUUUGGGUGCAUGGCGGCUGGACCGGCAGUCGCCGCUUGUCAGACUUGUGGAGCUACAAUCACCUGGCUCACGGAUGGCAGGAGCUGGCUCCCGGCACUUUCGGCGCGGUGCCAUCGGCACGCUCGCAUCAUGUUGCAGUGUGGGAUGGGACCGGCCAGGCGCUCUGGAUGCACGGAGGCUACGGUGACUCCUUGCUCGGAGAUCUGUGGACUCUGGAUAUCUUGGCUCUUAGUUGGAGAAAGCUUCGUUUUCAUGGAGGCCCGACAGCGAGGUCUGGCCAUGCAGCAGCAUGGGAUGAUUUAACAUGUGGGCUUUGGCUGCACGGCGGUAACGACGGCAUCCUGAAACGAGACCUUUGGAGAUACGAUCCGGAGAGCAACAUCUGGAGUCUGAUUGCUGAGCAGGCAGGCCCGUCGGGACGCUGGUCACACGUGGCUGCCUGGGACGACCUCAACCACGUCAUCUACAUUCAUGGAGGAUACAAUGGAGGCCUUUACAGCGAGCUCUACAUCCAGUUCAAGCAGCCAGACCUCCACUUCAAGCAGCAUUUCGCGGACGAGCAGCAGUUCCAGCAGUAG